CCCAGCCAGAAACAGAGGGAGGGGGAUGAGAGAAGCACCAACUUCGGGAAGCAGAGGGAGAUUGAGAAACAGAGGAAAGGAGAAGGAGAGAGAGAAGGAAGGAGAGAGACACAGAAACUAGAGUGAAACAGAAAGAUACAGGGAAAGAAAAAAAGACAGAAAGAAGAGGAGAGGGAGUUACAGUGACAGACGGACAAAGUGGAAGCUAAAGGGGGCAGCGACAGAGGUGGUAAGGUAAAUGUGAAACCCGUUCCCCUAGAGGUAACCCCAGAGCAGCCUAGCAGGUUCAGAUCAGCACCAACAGCAUAAGACGAAGCUCUGAAGAAUGAGUUUCUGGAGAUGAUGAAGUCUAAGAAUUCCCUGAGUGUCAGCCUUAGAAGGAGGAGGCUCAGGGAGGGAGGAGCUCCCAGAUGUCCACCUCUCAUGCUCUCCAAGGACCAGCCCAGCAGAGGACUGAAAUGUCGGAUUCAGAAACUGAGAUCAAGAUGAGCAGUAAGCCUGAAUCUAAAAGCCAAACUGAGCCAGUCCAGAAGAGGCUCUGUUCCAACUUAUUUCUCAGCAUCAAGGUCUUUGUACUGUGCCACAGCCUGCUUCAGCUGGCCCAGCUCAUGAUCUCAGGCUACCUGAAGAGCUCCAUCUCUACCAUAGAGAAACGCUUUGGCCUGUCCAGUCAGACCUCGGGGCUCCUGGCUGCCUUCAAUGAGGUGGGGAACACGACCCUCAUCGUCUUCGUGAGCUACUUUGGGAGCCGGGUCCACCGGCCCCGUCUGAUUGGCCUGGGAGCUGUCCUAGUCGCACUGGCAGGGCUCCUCAUGAGCCUUCCCCACUUCAUUGCUGAACCCUAUCGUUUUGACCACGUUGACCUUGACUUGCCUCAGGACUCUGCUUCUUCCUUAUGCGUGCUGCCCACUCCCCCCCCAGCGCUGCCCACGCCCCCCCCAGCACUGCCCACGUCCCCCCCAGCGCUGCCCACGUCCCCUCCAGCGCUACCCACCCCUCCCCCAGUGUUGACCAAGCCCCCCUCAGCAGUGGUUGUGGUCUCUGUUGGACUCAAAAACCGAAGCAACAGCAGCUGUGCCUUGUACUCGGAGGCACGGCAGGUAGCAGUGGUGGGGAUCAUGUUCCUGGCACAGACCUUGCUUGGUAUAGGUGCUGUGCCCAUCCAGCCCUUUGGAAUCUCCUACAUCGAUGACUUUGCCCACCCCAGCAAUUCUCCCCUCUACUUAGGGAUCCUGUUUGCUGUGACUCUCAUUGGACCAGGGUUGGCCUAUGGGCUUGGAAGCCUCAUGCUGAGAUUUUAUGUGGAUAUUGACCGGAUGCCUGAAGGAGGCACCUCCCUGACUCCAAAGGACCCACGCUGGGUGGGUGCCUGGUGGCUGGGAUUCUUGGUCUCUGCUGGUGCUGUGACUUUGACUGCCCUCCCUUAUUUCUUCUUUCCCCGGGAGAUGCCAAAGGAGAAGCAGGAGCUUAGUUUCCGGAAACAUAUCUCGCCUUCGCUCGAUGACAACGGAGAGAGCUCUCUCAACAAGCAGGGGACAAGGAACUCCCCAGAGAAAGAAAAGGAUGGAGAGGCUCAGAUUGCCCCAGACCUUACUGUGAUACAGUUCAUCAAAAUCUUCCCCCAAGUGCUACUACGGAAUCUGCGCCACCCCAUCUUCCUCCUUGUGGUCCUGGCCCAGGUCAACAUGUCCUCCAUGGUGGCUGGGAUGGCCACCUUUCUGCCUAAGUUCCUGGAGCGCCAGUUCUCUGUCACAGCCUCCUUCGCCAACCUGCUCAUUGGUAGUAUCAGCAUUCCUGCAGCCAUAGUGGGCAUCAUGACCGGGGGAAUCCUGGUUCAUCGCCUCCACUUGGGCCCCACACGCUGUGCAGCUGUUGGUAUCACAGGGGGCCUCAUCUGUGUAGUAUUUGGUCUGCCACUCUUCUUCAUGGGCUGCCCCACCCACCCUAUCGCCAAUGUCUACGGGCCCAGCUCUCUUCUUGAAAAAGAAGACUUCCUAAACUGUACCCAGAAGUGUUCCUGCUCCAAGAGUGACUUCAACCCUGUGUGUGACACCUGGAACCGCACUGAGUACCUCACCCCCUGUCAGGCUGGCUGCACAGGGAUGAAGGGGGAUCCAGGUGCAGGUCAAGUCUCAAUCACCUACACCAACUGCAGGUGCCUCAUUUCGGGAGUUAAGGAUAGUUCUGUCACGUCUGGUUCCUGUGAAUCAUCCUGUAGUCACCUGUUGCUUCCCUUCAUCCUCUUCAUCAGUCUUGGAGGGGCCAUGGGCAGUAUCACUCACACACCCUCCUUCAUGCUCAUUCUAAGGGGGGUGAAGAAUGAAGAUAAGUCUUUGGCUGUUGGAAUGCAGUUCAUGUUGCAGAGAGUUUUAGCCUGGAUGCCCAGCCCCGUGAUCCAUGGUAUUGCUAUUGACACUGCCUGUGUCUUCUGGGCUGAUACCUGUGGGACACGGUCCGUUUGUCGAUACUAUGACCAUACCCGCCUCAGGCAUCGGUUCAUUGGGCUUCAGUUUUUCUACAAGCUAGGCACACUGGUCUGCUUCACCCUGGUGUUCAUCAUCCUACGACAGCAGGAGAAGGAGGCGGCUCGCUCUAGGUCCCAGCAUGGCUCUGUUUCCCAGGAGGAGAAGUUGAUCCUCAGCUCAGAGAAGAGAUCUGGGGAAUCCAUAGUGUGAGAGAGCUGCCUCAGGCCCGGUCUGCCUCCCUACUCCAUUCUGGAGUGGGCAAAGGACCCUACCAAAGAUGGGGAGAAGGGAUGAUAUCUGUAACAAAUAUAGUCUUCAUUGGAGUCCUCUACAAGGGGAUGGUGUUGGGGCUAUGUCUAAGUGAAAGAGGAGACUGGUCACCUGGAUUCUUGUCCCCAAAGAACCAUUUGGGGACUGGAAGACACUGUCAGAUGCUCUCUCAGUACUCUCAUUUUCUUGUAGUGAGAAAGCCUCAGAUAGAGAGCCUUAUUCCAUACAGAGCUAGAGAUUACCAAAAGCCAAUCUCCAUUAUGAUCUGACCAUCCUGCUUGCUUUCAAGGUUGGCUCAUCUCUGCUACCCACAGACAGAGACCAAUGGAUUUUUUCUCCAGUGAUCUCAGCUCUCCUAGAAACAAAGAGACAAGAGGACCAACCCCCAAGGUCACCAUAUAAAUUCACACAUGGGGAAAUGGAGGGACAGGAUUCCAAGCUCACCAUGAAUAUGGGAGCUUCCGUGUUCCUGGACCUCAUCUCAACCUGUUGCCGAGGAAAUACGUGCCAAGGAUGCUGAGCACUCAUCUCCAGGAAUGAAUCAGCAAUCACUAACAUCAAGAGAUUGACUGUCCCUUGUAUACUCAGCCUCCAUUCUUUAUACUCUCCCUUUGAUCAUUCUUAGAGCCCAGGCUGAGAACAACUAGGCCCAGAUUCCUUUGCCUAAGCUCCUGGCAGGUUUGCACAUUUGCCUGGGGGCAGUGAUAUUUCAUUAUACCAUUGCAUUUAUCCAGAGGUAUGGUUCCCCUUGCUUUCACAAGCCAUUGUUUACACAAACUAUAGAUAGUCACUUUUUACCUUUGGCCAGGCCUUCAUCCAAGGUAUUCCUCCUCUUUUCUAACAAAACAAAUGCUUCUUCUUGCCAAAUUCCUGCCCAAGCCCACGUCCCUCAUCCAGAACUGACAUAAAGCAGAGAUUUCCCCCAACCUUUUGGAUGAGAAAAGGUUGCCUAUAAUCUCUACUAAAUCUUUAGAGUCAC